UUUUCUCUCAGGAGAGCACAGCAGACUCCCCUGGGCAAGGGCCCAGAGACCCGUGGUGCUGAGUCCACAGGUGGAAGGGCUGCGGACGACUAGGGAAGGACCAAGCAAAGCCAUGAUGUUUCUAUGGAAAUGUCAGGGCACUCAGAGGGACUUAUGGAACAUCUUCAAGUUGUGGGUCUGCACAAUGCUCUGUUGUGAUUUCCUGGCAUAUCAUGGAACCAACUGCUGGACUUACCAUUAUUCUGAAAAACCCAUGAACUGGGCAAGGGCUAGAAAGUUCUGCCAAGAAAAUUACACGGAUUUGGUUGCCAUACAGAACAAGGGGGAAAUCGAGUACCUGGAGAAGACGCUGCCUUUCAGUCGUUCUUACUACUGGAUAGGAAUCCGCAAGGUGGGAGGGAUAUGGACGUGGGUGGGAACCAACAAGUCUCUUACUAAAGAAGCGGAGAACUGGGGCGACGGGGAGCCCAACAACAAGAAGAGCAAGGAGGACUGCGUGGAGAUCUACAUCAAAAGGCCCAAAGACGCGGGAAAAUGGAACGACGAUGCCUGCCACAAACCGAAGGCAGCCCUCUGUUACACAGCUUCUUGCCAGCCCUGGUCAUGCAGUGGCCAUGGGGAAUGUGUGGAAACCAUCAAUAAUUACACCUGCAACUGUGAUGUAGGGUACUAUGGGCCCCAGUGUCAGUUUGUGACUCAGUGUGAGCCUUUGGAGGCCCCAGAGCUGGGUACCAUGACCUGUAUUCACCCUUUGGGAGACUUCCUCUUCAGCUCAUGGUGUGCCUUCAACUGCUCGGAGGGAACAAACUUAAUUGGGAUUGAAGAAACCACUUGUGGACCAUUUGGAAACUGGUCAUCUCUAGAACCAACCUGUGAAGUGAUCCAGUGUGAGCCUCUAUCAGCACCAGAUUUGGGGACAAUGCACUGUAGCCACCCCCUGGCCAACUACAGCUUUUCCUCUGCAUGCACCUUCAGCUGCUCAGAAGGAACUGAGUUAAUCGGGGAGAAGAAAACUAUUUGUGAAUCAUCUGGAAUCUGGUCAAGCCCUAGUUCAAUAUGUCAAAAAUUGGAUAGAAGUUUCUCAAUGAUCAAGGAGGGUGACUAUAACCCCCUCUUCAUUCCAGUAGCAGUCAUGGUUACUGCGUUCUCUGGGUUGAUGUUUAUCAUUUGGUUGGCAAGGAGAUUAAGAAAAGGCAAGAAAUCUCAGAAGAGCGUGGAUGUGGAUGAACCCAUACUAAAUCACCCUCUAUGAAAGAAAAUUCUUCAUAUGCUAAAGAGUCAUUGGAUUCUUCAAAUCCCUCGUUGAAAAGUUUUGCAUGGUGGCGUCUCCUUUAUCAAAGAUGAAUGCGUUUCCUUCAGUGCAUCUGGAAAGAUUUCUACAUAACCAACAGCUGCUCUGCCCUCAUUUGCCCCUCACCCAUCUCCCCUCCCCGAGCCCACAGGUGUUGUUCACACAGCUCAGUCUUUAUAUGUUCCGUGGAGAAGCAAAUGAGACCGUGGGGGAAAGGAUUACUGUGGAUUAUGAAGAUGGCUGACUUUGCUCUUUCUUGACUCUUGUUUCCAGUUUCAAUUCAGUGCUGUACCUGAUGACAUAUACUUCUAAAUAUGAUGGAAAUUUGACACAUAUGUAACUACAGACUCAGUUUUCUCGGAGAUCAAAUUUAACAUUGUCUGUCCUCUGUAUACUGUGCAGGUAAAAUUCAUGGAAAAUUCAUAACAUUGAUGUUAUCCUUGCUUUGCUACUCCAGCUAAGUAAUGGAGUCCUCCUGCUCAAGUUGGGAAAGUCCAGUCUGCACCGUAGCCCUGCCUUGUGUAAACGGAGGCCACCCUGUUGAACAGCCUUCAGCCUCCUCACUUUCAGCCGUCUCCCCUUCUCGGCUGGCUGACUUCCACAUGUAGCAUUUCAUGAGCACAGAACAAAAGGCAAGAAGAGAGAAAUAGCCUGCACUGUUUUUUCAUUUGUUUGAAGGUUUUGCUGUCUCUUUUUUAUUAGACACAUUCAUAUUUCUUGAAGUCAAAGCUGCUUUUGUCACCACUAUAUUGUUAAUAAAGAAACAUCAGCGCUGGAAUGCUAGCUGCAGGUGAUAUCUCUUUGAGAUGUUAUAUAGAAGAGUUACAACAAGUAAAGAGAUUCCCUGACUCAUGUUAAAUGCUCCCUCUUCCCCUGCCCCCAAAUCUCUUAUCCACUCACCUAGAUUCUAUCUAUUCCUUAAGAUUCAUCUCAGGCAUCCUUCACUCUUGACGCUUCUUUUAUAACUAGCCCUUAACCAGUCCAACCCACGACAAUCUUCCCUUCCUGGCUUCCCGCUGCAAGGUUAGUUUGUACCACAGAAUUUUGUGCAUUAAUACAGCCUGGUUUUUUUUAAGGUUACCUAGUUUGUUAUUUUAAAAACUAUCAUAUGUUAUGUUUUCUCCCCAAUGAGAUUGUACGCUUAAGGGUAGAGAUUGUGCCAGAUACCUGAAAUGUCUAGUUUGCUACUUGACACUCAAUAAAUGCAUG